UUUUCUUAUUACUUUUCACAGACAUUUUAUUUUGACUGCUGUGGUUCUCUGAGGUAGCUGCUAGAAUUUGCAGGGACAAAUGGAUGAAGAACAGUAUCCAUCUGAUUUGGAUGACAACUACUCAUAUGCAUACUUUCUUAAUGAAAGCAAUGUCUGCGAAAUGGGCAACUAUUUUAUAUUUUACACCCAUCUUACUACUGUUCUCUACACUCUGGCAUUUUUGCUCAGCCUGCUAGGAAACACCCUGGUGUUAUGGAUCCUAUUCAAGUAUGAAAACCUUACGUCUUUAACAAACAUCUUCAUCAUGAAUCUUUGUGUCUCUGACUUAGUCUUCUCGUGCAUGCUGCCAUUCUGGGCAGUGGACCAGACCUUCGGGUGGAUUUUUGGUGAGUUCCUUUGCAAAGCAGUGAAUGCCGUUUUCUCCGUUGGCUACUACAGUGGUGUUUUCUUUCUAACUCUCAUGACUAUUUUACGGUACUUGUCUGUUGUGAGCCCUCUUUCCACUCUGAGAUCCCAGACACAGUACUGUGGUUCUCUGGUGUGCUUGUUAGUUUGGACUUGCAGCAUUUUAAUUGUGGUUCCUGAGAUGAUUCACACCACAGUGUUAGAAACCUUGGGAGAGGUCAGUACCUGUGAUUAUGAUGACUGGAGAUGGAAAAAAGUGGACAUUUAUCUGAGAAAUUUACUCUUCCUGAUUUCCUUUGGGAUUAUCGUAUUCUGUUACACCAAUAUACUGAUAAUUCUGCUUAGAGCAAGAUCUCGCAGAAAGCACAGAACUGUGAAACUCAUCCUUGUUAUUGUGGUAGCUUUCUUCCUGAGCUGGGCACCUUACAACAUCCUCAGUUUUAUGCUUACUUUUCCACCGGCUACCUGUCAGUAUGAAAAAGACACUCACCUCGCCUUUCACAUCAGCCGUAAAAUUGCUUUCUCCCACUGCUGCCUCAAUCCCGUGCUCUAUGUAUUCGCUGGAGUCAAGUUCAAGAGGCACUUGUUUCGUUUAUGCGGACAGUAUUUACCCUGUGGCAGUGAUGAAGUCUCCAGCCCCCGGAUCGGCUCUCAAGGCAAAUUCCACUAUGAAGAUGCGUCCAUCUACUGAAGGGAGACUGAACUAUUAGCACUAGUCUCAGAUGAACUUUCAGAUUUUAAAGGCCAUGCAUGAUCUCCAAUUCUUAAAGUCACUUCCCUGAGAAAGUGACAAAUUUUAUCUUUGCAAACAUAUUGUGUACGGAAAAUUAUUAAAAUUAUAUUUGCAGGUGGAUGGAGAAGCCAAGAAGUGACCUCAUUGGUCUGUAAGUCUUACCUUUAUGCUUUUUGGCACAGGGAUACUUUUUCUCAUUCACGGUUUUCUUUAGAAAAAGAAAAAAGACUGUUUGUUUUUCAUUAGGAGUUAAAACUUCAGGUCUUAACGUGAAUAGUGGUGCACAUUGCUUGCUUUCCUGACUUUAAAUACUCAUAUUGUUUAUAGCAUGGGCACUUAAGCAUUUCUGUAGCUUUUAAUGCUUCACGGUAUUUGUCAGUGCUGAGCUCACUGAUUUUCUCUGCAUGCAAAUGUUCUUUGAUCUAUUGAUAGGCAAAUAUAUAUAAAACUAACAUGUGUAAAAAACCUUUGUUUUUGACCUGCUUCACACCUGCCUAUAUGCUAUAAAUGCCUGUAUCUCUGAGGUACGUGAACAUCUUAUAAAUGCUUAUUAAAAAAAAAAAAAGCCAAGAAUUAUAACAGAAGCGCAAGAUAUUUAAACAAUCCUGCCCUGCUCACUUUUUAACAAGUUAUUUAAAUCUGCUUCUAGCUUAAGCAUAUUUUGUUAGAGUGUAUCUGAACAUGUAAAGGUGAUGUGGAAUAUUAUCCAAUCAUACUGCUGUCUAUCAUAAUCAAAAGUAACUCAUGUAGAGAUUUAUCCUACUGGUAUGAUAAGGUGGUACUAAUAAAUGUUCAGAAAUUCAAAGGAAUAUUACAUUGUUACUUUUGUCCUCUGCCUUUGAGAGCUACGUAUGAGAGUUGAAGUAUCUACAGUUGCAAAAGUAAUUGUGUAUUUUCACAAAUUCAUUUAUUUUGGAAGAGACUUCUGCCACUCCCCCACCCUGCUCACAGCGGUUCUACCUUCGCUGUUAGAUGAGGCUGCUGAGGGCCUUGUCUGGUGAAACUCUGAAAAUCUCCAAGAAUGAGGACUGCACAAUACUCUUCCGAGUUCCUGUUCCAGUGCUUAACAAUUCUCAUGGUGCAUUUUUAUUUUCCUUCUACACGAACAAAAUUUCCUUUGCUGUAACCUGGUGCAUCUGUCUCUUGCCCUUUAAAUGCACUCUUCUGAGAAAAGCUGGGUCAUUGUUCUCUUUACAUUGCAGAGACAAAGAGAGCAAUCAGUUCUCCUCUGAGCCUUGUUUUUUCCCUGGGGCUAAACAAACCCCAGCCAAUCUAGUCUUCUUAUGCAUCAUGUGCUCCAGCACCCUAACCAUCUUGGUCACCUUCCACUGGAAUCUUUAAUCAAUCUCUCUCUUGUAUUGAAGGCCCCAGACUGGACUACAUGAGCAUCAGGUAGAGGGGAGUAAUGGUUUCCCUCAGCCUACAGGGGUGUACAUUGUAGGACUUCACCACUGCAAGGGCACUUAACUGCACUGUGUUCAACUAGUUGUUCACUUGAACUACCAGAUCUUUUCCAGCAAAGCUGAUCUCCAGUUAAGAGGCUCACUGUCCAGGCUGUUGCAGGGAGUUAGGGCAUCUGAAGUGCAGGACUUUGCAUUUGCCAUUGGUGAACUUCCAGGGCUUCUGCUCCUCCAGCUUUUUGAAGUCUCCAUGCGUGGCAGCCCUGCAACUCAAUGUAUCAGCUGCUCCCUUUUAUUUGAUGUUAUCCAUGAACUUGCUAAAGAUGCAACCUGUCCCACUAAACACCUCCCUGAGGCCUGCCACUCACAACCAGCCACUCAUGAAGACUUCAAACCAUUGACUUCUACCCUUUCAGCCUGAUAGUCCAGUCAGUUUUUCAUCUACUUCUUAGUCUACCCAUUCAGUCUGUAUCUCCCCAGUCUGGCAAAAAGGAUGGUGUGGGGUACUUUAUCGAAAGCUUUGCAGAAGUCAAGGUAAAUGACAUGCACUUUGUUGCUCUCAACUCUGGGGUCAGUUAUCUCAUUGUAGAAGCCAUUCAGGCAAAUCAGACAUCUUUUUUUUUUUUUUUUUUUUAAGUCUGUGCUGGCUGUUCCAUACAUUUUGUCCACAUCUCUGUGGUAACGGCUUCCAGAAGAAUUCAGUUCACCCUAUACUGAGGCACAGGGGUAGACUAACUAGCCCAUAGUCCCCUGGAUCAUCCUACUUGCCUUUUUUGAUAAUGGGCAAGCCAGCUGCCUUUUUCAAAGCAUCAGUGAUACUCUCCCUCCCCCAGUCACCAUGAUUUUUCUUAGGUGGCAGAUAGCACCUUGCAGUGAUACUGGGCAACAGACUCUGCAACACCAUACGCACCCUGCUCAGUCCUACACAAGUCUACAAAUCUAGUCUAUUUAAAUAGUCCAAAGGAAUUAUCCUCUGCUAUGGGUGGUACCACUCUCCCCAAAUUCUGCUACUAGUCAUCAAGACAUGCAAGUACUUGGAGCUAUAUCUGUUGUAAAGAGAAAAUGGUUGGGCGUAGAUUCUGUCUUUGUCUAUAUGCGUAUUACUGAAACCAUAGGAUAGUCUUGAUGGGCAGCUUGGGAUUCUCAUUACAGACUUACCGGAAAAAUAUUUUUCCUUUUGGCACCUUCAGGCACAUGGAA